AGUUAAAAUAAAGCAAACAUUAACCAUGGCUAACAAGCCGACGCGCGAUGUGAUCGGCAUCAUCUUCAAGAACUUUUGGAAAUCCCUAAGACCGCGGCAGUUUCGUGGGGAUUACAUUGGGGAGGACUAUUUUGGGAAUAAGUACUACGAAAUUCCUGCAAAUCCUUCGAUUGGGAAGAGGAAGCCUGCCCGGUGGUUCGAGCCAGCGGAUAAAGAAGCCUUCGACCAGGAGCUGACUGCCGAAUGGGAGGCGUGGCUACGAGGGCGCCGGGAGGAACCGCCCACCCGCGAAGAGCUGGUGAAAAAUCUUCAGAUAAUGGACAUGAAGAAACGCAACGCCGCCGAAUUGGAAGCAACAUACGCCAAGGGUAAGGACGACAAGGCACUGCCCAAGCAGGUGGACGGACCAAUCAUUGGAACCUUUCCCAAAUACAAGGAGUAUGAGUUUAUUCCUGGCAAGGAGCCACCGGAGAAGUAACUCUAUAUUGGUUUUCCUUUUAAUUUAAUUUGUAAAUAUAGUUAAAUUGAUCUGUUUUACCAUUCGUUCAAA